AUGAUGGACAAUGACAACGUUGAGGUAGUUGAAGUCAUGAUGGACAAUGACAACGUUGAAGCAGACGAAGUCGCGAUGGACGACGACAACGUUGAAAUAGUUAUCGUGAACGGAGACGAACAAGUAUCAGAUAAUGAUAACUUUGUUGGUGUUUUCGACCUUUCACCACUGUACGACAUUCAAGAGGUUGAACAAAUCGCCCCGGUUGUCGCUAGACUGUUGCUAGACCGUCCGGCUGGGAUUCAGCACCCACUACCGGAACCACACUACAUAGGCGCGUUGAAUUACGUAUGCCGGUAUUGUAGGGCCCUCCACUUUAAGUGCGAGGAAACAAGCCCGAAUAAUUUUUCUACAUGCUGCAACAACGGUCUGAUGGCCGUUUCAGGACCGCGUGUGUUGACACCUGCACCGUAUUUACUACAGAGGUUGUUGGUUGAAGAUUCGGUGGAAGGUAGACACUAUCGAAAUAACAUCCGCCGGUACAACAACACUUUGGCAUUUGCUGCAUUCUCCACCGCCUUCAACACACGGCGCUUGCCAGGUCGGGGACCGAAUGUGUUUACUGUUCAUGGGCAGGGAUAUUGGACGAUAAGUAAUGACUUGAUCGGGAACGAACCUAUCCAACGCAGAUUCUGCCAGCUGUAUUUCGUCGAAUCUGGCGAGGCAAACCGGAUUCGUAGGGAGCAGCAGCAACUACUGCCUGCCGCACAACGUCUAUUGCCAAAUGUGCUCGAAGACUUAGACGGCCUGCUACGGGGCAUCAAUCCAUUCGCACAGGCUUUUGAGUAA